CGCAGUGUACACCAUCUCCACGUUUUGGUAAAAGAGGCGGCGUCGUUGCCGGACGUACACGAGUUGUACAUCGCCGUUGAUCGGUACGACGAUCAGCUGGGGAGACGCAGCUCGUUGUAGCCCCCUUCAUUUUUCCCCCCAUCCCCCCCACCACCACUCGUCACUAUUCCGUAUCGUGGAUUCGCGAUCCGGAGGGGAUCUUUGACGAGACUUUGGGACACGCACGAGGAUCUCGGAGACGGAUUUUCGUUUCGGUGGGAGAGGACGCGUCGUCGUCGUCGCCACCAGCCGCUCGACGAACUCGCGCAAAUUUUCUUCCCGCGGCUGGCCCACCGUCCGAUUCGUCCACUCCACUCCGCUCCGUUCCGCUCCGCUCCGAAGUGACGCGGCCCUUUCUUCUUGAUGUGUACGACGACGACAACGAGGCGGAGGACGGUCGGUAGUUACGCGGACGACGCUCUCGCCGGCGGUACCAGCGUUUUAGAGUCGAGUGACACCUAGCACGAGGAGCGUUCGUCGCGGGGACAACGGGGUGGCGAGUUUGAAAACGACGAUAUUCGGUACGGCGAUACUUCUCCCGCGUCGCGGUGGUGAUGUUAUUGAUGUUUUGCUCGUGACGUUAGUGUUUAAACGUUAACAAGUACUGACCACGCGCGUCGUUGUUGUUGGGUUUUCUGAUUCAGACCGCGAGAUUCAGUGCUGAUUUUUUGUUCUUCGUUUUAAGACACGAAAUUCACUCGAUCGCGGUGUUACCGUGGGUUAACUCGACCAGUUUUCGCAGACCGGUCAAUUCAAGCGAGAUCGUGGACACGUGGAGUUGGAUCGGAUCGCUCUCUCGGCUCACGUGGUCGUCGAACGACCGGCGGCGCUCGUGGUCGCACGACCGCGCGACUCUCGCGUACGCGUUCCGCGCGUAGUUUAGACUUGUCGUGGGUGAACUACGCGAAUAGAAGGAUUUUCUUCGCGCUCUCGUGGAGCGAUACUCAGUAUUCAUGGUGCUUCUGGGCACGCUCGACGUUGAUCCGCACGUGAACGUGAACUGUACUCGGUGAGUGUUUUCGCGUUGUGAGGAACAGGCGUUUCGUUUGUGCGCGGCGGCGGCGACGCGUUCCCCAUCUUCUGCGAUCAACGAACGAAGCGUACAUGUCGCGAAUAGAAGGAGAGGGAUGACGACGCACGACGACCAUCGCGAUUCCGUCGAAGGGGACAACGUGAACUCGUGAAGAACGACGAGUACGACUUGUGUGACUACGGAACGAGAGACACGACGGUUCACUGGUGGCGGCUUCCGACUCUUCGUGGGACCUCCGAGAUCCGCAAGCACGCGGAAUCAACCAGGCAGCGUGGAGCGCUCGGCGAUUGUGUGGCCGCGCGCCGCGGACCUUUAUCUUUAUCAGCCAGGCUGUGCGUUCCUCACCUACUACAGCCGUGACAGCGCAAUCAGCGCCCAGAACGCUCUGCAUGAGAAGCGGACUUUACCAGGGGGUGUGACGGGCGACCGGCUGGCCGGGGGCGCCGCACACCUCCUCCACCUCUUCUUCUUCUUGCCACGACCACAACACACAAUGUAACAACAACUACUACUACUAGUGUCGUCCGCGCGAACCACGUUCUCAAUGUACUCGAUGUGAUGAACCGUCCUAUUCAAGUGAAACCAGCGGACAGUGAAAACCGCGGAGAGUGCAUGAUGGACGACGGGAGCGCCUGUGCCAUCUUCUGGAAGUAGGAAGCACCGGUUUCGGCCGCUGAAGACAGAAAGCUGUUCGUUGGUAUGUUAAGCAAGCAACAAACUGAAGACGAUGUGCGACAGCUGUUUACUACCUUCGGUUCAAUAGAGGAGUGCACCAUCCUCCGUGGACCCGACGGAAGCAGCAGAGGCUGUGCCUUCGUGAAACUUUCGUCGCACCAAGAAGCACUGGCAGCAAUAAACUCUCUACACGGUAGCCAAACUAUGCCGGGUGCGUCAUCCAGCAUAGUGGUAAAAUUCGCAGACACUGAUAAAGAGAGACAGAUAAGACGCAUGCAGCAAAUGGCCGGGAACAUGAGCAUCCUUAACCCCUUCUUCAAUCAUUUCGGCGCUUACAACGCUUACGCUCAGCAGCAAGCAGCGCUCAUGGCAGCCGCGACUGCACAGGGAACGUACAUCAAUCCAAUGACUGCGUUGGCAGCUGGACAAUUACCGCAUACAUUGAACGGCAUGCCAAAUCCCGUGGUCCCACCAACCUCUGGUUUGCUCGUAGGUACCGGCACAGGGCAACCGGUUAACGGGGCACUACCGUCGUUACCGUCGCCAACGAUGCCCAAUUUUAACAUGGCCGCUCAAACGCCGAACGGCCAGCCAGCAGGCUCGGAUCCAGGUGUCUACACCAACGGAAUACCGCAGACUUAUGCGGGACAUGCCCUCCAUCUGUCCAUUCCAGCGCAGGGGUUGGCCAACGGGGAGGCGGCACUUCAGCAUGCCGCCGCGUAUCCUGGAAUGCAGGCUUAUGCUGGAGUGGCCGCUUACCCCGCCGUCUACGGCCAGUUUCCUCAGGCUAUUCCUCAGCCGAUGACCGCGGUGGCACCCACGCAGAGGGAAGGAUGCUCUAUCUCAGGACCCGAGGGCUGCAACCUGUUCAUCUACCACCUGCCCCAGGAGUUCGGUGACGGCGAGCUCAUGCAGAUGUUCCUCCCGUUUGGCAACGUCAUCUCCUCCAAAGUCUUCAUCGACCGAGCGACCAACCAGAGUAAAUGCUUUGGUUUCGUGUCGUUCGAUAAUCCAGCGAGCGCGCAAACAGCGAUCCAAGCGAUGAACGGCUUCCAAAUAGGGAUGAAACGAUUAAAAGUCCAAUUGAAGAGGCCCAAGGACGCCAGCCGGCCAUACUAACCCACGUCCUAGCCUAGAAAAUCUGGACGAGUCGCGCCCUAUGUCGUAACUUACAGAAUGUCGUCCGAGAACGUGAACUCGAUGGACGCUCGACGAUCAGGAGUGACGAGUUGAAUCACCGUUACAACGCUCUCCGCCGUAACAACUUAGUAUACUAGCUAGUUAAUUCAUUAGAGGAUAAAAAUUUAGAAGUCAGUAGGACAGCAACGGCUUCAACGUUGUUGAAGUUGUUCGUGCGGCGGCGGCGAAGAGGCUGAAGCGAAAGCGAUGAAGGAUGUUCUGCGCUGAACCCAGAGAAGAAGAGCCGAAGAGAGGAGAGAACGAGAAGUACGCUGAGACGACGUUUCCCAGAUGCUCGGAUAACCGGAUAAUCUGUCGAUAGGCAACAUCGGGCUUUCCUCUGUCUCCUUUACGUCCAUUCUCACUACAAAAUCUGCAAAUUUCUUUCUGUCCUCCGCGAGUCUAGCCUCUGGUCCCUACUGCCAGGUGAAAGAUUACGUUCGAGCUCGAGGACGAGGGCGCGAAUGGGCGCACGAGCGUGCAGCGAAACCUGUCGUAGAAACAUUUCGAGGAUCCGAUUAUCCCGGAGAGACCUGCCGGAAACGCUGGAAAAGUAUUGAAAACUGAUUCACGUCGUCCGGAUAUAUAUUCACGGCGACGACACCGUUAUAGUUACACGCGCGAGUCACGACAUCGCGCCGCGACGAUUGUCCAGCAUCAAACCGACAAUAGCUAUCGCGAAAUUAUCCCGUCGAAUAAAACGCCCCUAGGAGUCCCGUCGUGUUCGUUGCCGCAGUCCGACGUAACAGCGCGGAAAAGAUGCCACACCACGGCGGAGGAAAAUUUGCCGAACUCGUACAUCCGGUCUGAUUGAUCCCUCGACGAGGACUCUCGACGAGGUCGGAUCGUCGCGUCCGUCGGCCGGACAGAACAGCCUGACGAUCACCGUGGUAUGAGAGACUGACGAAUCUUUUGUACCGCAUGCAGCAAAUGAUAUGUGUAGUCGUCGCGAUCAAGAUCCUGCGCGCGUCACCCACGACGACGACGACGACAACGACGACGGGACGGAUAAUAAUCUCCGCGCGACUGACGAAAGUAGGAUAAAAACGCAGGCUCGUCCCGAAGACACGAGGACGAGGUCCGAUAUCUCUCUCCCAAAAAGACAAAUGUCAAUCAUAUGCUAUACAGGGUGCUCGUCUGACGAAACGCGUCUGAAAACUUUGAAAAAAAGAAAAAGACAAAAAAUACAAAAAAAAAUUAAACCCAGAGAAUCAAGCGGCGAACAUGGGCUCAGCGCCGGUCCGACAUCCCAGCCGGAUAUCGGGUUCUCCUUAACGUUUAAGGUUUAAACACGUACGACGCGCUGUAGAUUUUAUAUACUGCAGAUAGAGGAGUGAAAGAGAGAGAAAGGAAGUGUGCGUGAGGAAGGAGUUUGUCGCGCGUCGUGCUACGCGUCGAGGAGGAAGCGAGGAAGUCCUGUCCUACUCGCGCGCGUUCGCACGGUGCUCGUCCUCCGCGACUAAUAGCUCUUAUUACUAUUAUGGUGAUUAUCAUUGUAAUUAUCGCUAAGUAAGUGACGCGCGAGUUUCCGGCCGAAAGUAUAAUCUAUUCCGUUGUGGUUCCUGCGUGAACAUCGAGAGAGGAAUCGCGUGUGAGGGCGCGAUCGCCCCGCCCGUCCCGCUAUCGAUUCCGUGGUUCGGUCCGAUUUGGACGGAUCGAUCGACGAUCGACUUUGCCUGAUCGGUUAAGCAUCGCCCGAGAAAUGUCAGCCAGGCUGUGAUUAUCCAAACGAUGACGAUGCCGAUGACGAUGAUAGUCCUCUUUAAGUUUUGAUUAGUAAUGACGCACUAUAUCUUCUGUUGUUGUUAAUGAAAUAGGAAAAAAAUAGGGAGAAUGGAGGAAAACCAAAGAAAAUGAUGUAAGAAUAGUAAUAUUGUGUAAAAUGCAAUAUUUAUUCUAGAAUCGCCUAUCGUCUUUCUUUAGACUGCGAUACAGAAAGGGGAACAAACAGUUAGGGAAUAAUAUUUUUUACGUUUAAUUUUAUUUCUUAAGUAUAAAAAAAAUUGAGUUUAGGAUGGAUUAUGGGAGCUGAUUAUCGUGCAAUGAUUUAAUUGACUUAUAUAUGCUUUAUUCGAUGUUGGCCGGGACUCUUAAAACGAUGACAGAUUUGAACGUAUUAUUUUCGCGAGAAGAGGACCGCGCGCUGCCGGAUGUAGGUUCGGUAUGCCCAAUCGAUCAAUCAUGUGUGUUCAUGCGGAAUUCUUGUGACUGAAAUAGACAAAACAUUGAACAUUUCGCGCGCGAUGCCCGGUCGGAUACGCAGAGUGUCUCGAGCGAGUUCGCGAAAGAAAGCCAAAGAACAGAGGGAAGUAGGCGAGGGAGGGGAAGAUGGGAGGAAUAGGGGGUGAAAAACAGACCGAAUAUAUAAAAUACGCAUAGGGUAGGUGAGCGAUGGAGCGGAGAGGAAAACUCUGAUCUAGCGGAAAUAAUCAUCCAUCAAAGUACCAGCACCGCAGCAAUAUAUAUACAUAUAUAUGUAUAUAUAUGUAUAUAUAUGUAUAUAUGUAUAUAUAUAUAUUUAU